AUGCCAGCCACUGAUGCACUUCAGCCACCUCUCACACCCGCUGAGCGGGCCAUUGUCAAGUCCUAUGGCGGCUGGACACACUUCAUGCAAUGCUUCGGGCUUAAGCCCUGGGAGGAUGAUGACGCUAGGGAGGGAAAGAAGAUUCUGGAGGCCUUUGUUCGAGAUGGGGAAGACCCUGAAUAA